GUUUUGAUUUAAUAACAAAGCAUUAUUCAGUUUAACAUAAUCUUCACCAUUCUGAAAUAUCUGAAUCAAAGUAAAAGUUUAGUUGAAGAUGCUUAAAAAAGUGUUUAAUUCAAUCUUAAUUACUUUAAUAACAUUCAUCACAACAGUUCAAAGUGAAGACAAAUACUCAGCUAUCAAAGCACUCCGAAGUGACCUAUUGAAAAACUAUGACAGAUACAGUCGUCCAGUUAAGCAACCAUCAACUUGCAUUAAUGUGACUUUUACUCUAGGAAUCGCUGAAAUAAUUGAUGUGGAUAUAAUUGAACAAACGUUUCAUCUGAGUGGUGUCCUCAUAUUGCGAUGGAAAGAUGAAUUCCUUACAUGGGAUCCAUCCAAAUAUUACGGUAUUAAGAAGCUCAAAUUUGAUUCGAAUGAGAUUUGGACACCUGAUAUAGUAGUUUUCAACAUGGCUGUUGGUAACAAUUGGAUUGGAGUUGAUUCACAUUCAAUUAUUGAAGUAAAUUACGACGGUAAAAUUAACCUUAGACUACCAAGCAACCUUGCUGUUGGCUGCUACAUAGAUCUGGCCGACUAUCCAUUUGACAAACAGUUGUGUAGUUUAUAUUUUGGUUCUUGGAGUUACAAUGUCAAUGAAAUUAGAUUGGUCAAAGGUAAACGUUUAGUUAGAAAGCCGUACUUUGAACAACUCGAGUGGAGCGUUGAGAAAAUCGAAGGAUUUCUUCAUGAUGUAAAGGGAUUUGAAUCGCACAAAUCAGUGGUUGAGAUUGAUAUAUCGGUUGCUCGUCGAGUCAAUAUUCAUUUAUAUUACAUUGCAAUACCAUAUCUAACUGCCAGUCUGUUGGGUUUAGUUGCGUUUCUUGUACCCAUCGGGUCAAUUUAUCGCAUUGUGUUUGGGUCACUUGCUAUAUUCAUUUUAAUCUUCUUACUUUCGUUCUUGGCUGACAAUAUUGGUUUUCAUUCAUUAGGAGUUCCAUAUGCAGUUCGCUGCAUCAGUAUAAAUAUUAUGUUGAUCACAAUUUCCCUGGUUGUAACCAAUAUGACUUACCAAUUGAUCAUGUCUUUGAUGGUAACAUGUCCACCACUACCAAGUUUUUUGGCCCACCAUCUAACAAACCCAAUUUUGGCACGAAUAUUUGUUCUUAAAGUGAAUCUGGAAUCAACUAAGUUCGAUGAAGAAGCUAAUGUUAAUGAUUUUUCUAAUCAACAACCAUUUCAAUCAACUUCACGAGCAGCUAUACGAGAAUGGGCUCUACUUUUACGGCUAAUUGAUCGACUUCUUCUCAUUACUUACAUUGUUGUAAUAAUAAUAUACCAUAGCUAGAUGUUUCUUAUUCAAUCCGAAUGAAGGUUAUAAUGGUUGUCAUGAUCCAUCAAUUCAAUCAAGUUGACAAAUUAGCAAAUAUAUUAUGCUUUUUCGAUCCUUAUUGCUCUUUUUUCUAGACAAUCCUCAAAACUUUACUAUGUAUCAAGCUGCCAUUGAAAUUGACAAACAAGUAAAAUGGAUUUCAUUAAAAUGGAUACAAUUCAAGUUAUA